AUCGUGCGGUAUACGUCUGCGCGCCAUAGCAGUUCAGUGAAUUUAUGAAAGACGUUGAUACUCUAUGAAUAUGAUAGAAAUGAAAUGAAAUGGGGUUUAACGUCCUACUGUUCCGUUCGAUACUAUGAUAGACAUACAGGGUUUGUCGAUGUGAACAAUAUUUGAUCAUUACAACCAGAAUGAAUUCUUCUCAAGUUCAAGACACAAGUAACACCAUACUCAAGUCCAUACUAACCGAGGUAAUUAUGAUGCCAGUAACCAUAGUACCCAAAGGUCAAGAUACCAGUGGACAUGGUACCAAAGGUCAAGACACAAGUAACCAUAGUACCCAAGGUCAAUACAUUAGUAACCAUGGUACCCAAGGUCAAAACCCAAGUAACCAUAGUACCCAUGGUCAAGACACAAGUAACCAUAGUACCCAUGGUCAAGACAUGAGUAACCGUGGUACCCAAGGUCAAGACACAAGUAACUAUAGUACCCAUGGUCAAGACACCAGCAACCAUACCAGUCAACAAAAACAAGACAAGUUAAGAUGUUCAAUAUGCUUUAUUUUAUUCGAUUGCGCCACUAAAUUGGAAAGUCAUAAACAAAUACACACCAAAUAUUGCAGUAUUUGUGAGGAAUCGUUCGCCACUGUGAAUCUAGUAAAGCAACAUAAAGAAGACAAGCAUUUUGUGUGUAAUAUAUGCAAGGAUAUUUUUAAAUCAAAAGAAGAAAUUAGCCAACACAAACAAGAAAAACAUAUGAAUGAAACAAAUGAUAACGUAUGUGAAAUACAUGUAUGUGAAGAAAGAUUCAGUAUAAGUUCGGAUCAAGAAGCUCAUCUCCAACUUCACGGUGUUAAUAAAGUUACGAAGAAAUAUAUAUGUGUCUGUGGUUUAGGCUUUAAUGAUCAGUCACUUUAUGAUUUACAUAUAAAUUUACAAUAUAACCAUCACAAGUGUGAAGAAUGUUCGGAUGUAUUUUUAAAAUGGACAGAUUUAAAGAAACACAAACUCUUGAAACAUGGUGAAAGGAAAGAAAAUGAAUUGUUUAAAUGUAUAGUUUGUGACGAAUACUUCAAGAAAAAAGCAGACUACACAAACCAUCUCAAAAUCCAUUCAGGUCGACACUGCUUACUCUAUACAUGCACACAGUGUGAUAAGUCCUUUUCCGACAAAUAUAACUUGUCGAUGCAUGAAUUAUCUCAUUUACCAGAAUCAGAAAAACCCCAUCAAUGUCAAUUUUGUGAUAAAAAAUUUAGCUAUCAAUAUGUCUUGGUAACCCAUGAAAGAACUCAUGAUCGUAACCGAGGAAGUUAUAAGUGUACGUACCCCGCUUGCGACAGGGUGUUCUUUAGCAAGCAGGGAGUAAGCGAUCACAUUGGCAUUCAUGAGAGCCAUAAAUUUAGUUGCGAUCAAUGUAAAAAGGAGUACCACAGCAAAAAAGGACUACUAAAGCAUACUAGACGAGUACACGAACAGCGCUACAAACAACUUUGUUCUAUUUGCGGGAAAAAGUGCAAUACUAAAUCCGCACUUAACACGCACAUGAGCGUUCAUCAAGAUUUGAAAAUGAUCUGUGAAAUAUGUGGAAAAGAAUUCAGGAGCGAAAACCUUCUUCAAAUUCACUUGUCAUGUCACAAGGAAAAGGCCUUCACAUGUGACGUAUGCGAUCAGAAGUUCUCACGUCGCGAUAAUAUGAAAUUACACAUAAGGAAACAUACCGGUCAAAAACCUUAUAAAUGUGAUAUUUGUGAUAAAACAUUUAGUAGGCAUGACAACAUGAAAAAACAUGUCCAAUCACAUGGGUAACAUCGUAUUCAUCAUUGUGGAUUGCUUCAAGCUUUGGUAGUGAAAUUGAUUGGUCGAGAAAUUUACAGGUUAUUGAGAAUUGCAGCUCAAACAGUGCCAGCAUUUUACAAAAUGAGACGGGAAACUACAUGUACGGUGGCACAGUGAGUGAGUAAGACAUUGGCUCCCUAACUAGGUCCAGUGUUUAACCGAGAAAGUGUAUAGGGAAUUUCCGGCGUGGUUCCCCCCCCCCCCAUCAGUGGUGUGGGACAUACGACCUAGCAAGGGAUAAUUCGUAGUCAUUGAGAUGAGACAAAAAAACGAGGUCCCAAGUCCAAUUUCACGUGCACCUUACCAUUUGUAGUUGAAAUGAAAUGAAAUGAAAUGAUGGUUUAACGUCGUCCUAGUGUUCUGCUUCUAACCUGGGCUAAUGAAGACUGGCAUACGCCAUACAGUGUGCUAUGAGAGAAAUUUUGCCCGGGCAGCGGCGCUACGGCCUACUCUUAUAUCGAAUUCCAACUGCCAAGGGAUCUUUUAUGUGCACGCCAAUUGAUGUGUACACGGGACCUCCGUUUUCCGUCCCAUCUGAAUGACUAGACAGCUGUCCUUGUCAGGCCCUCCAUCCUGCAUCACUGACAAGGGGGAACCACGCCGAAAAAUCUGGAAUGACUUUCUCGGCAAAUGCAGAUAUCGAACACCAGACCUGCAGGCUAGCAAGCCAGCGUCUUACCCACUUAGCCACAUGAUCCCCCAUUUGUAGUUGAAAUUUGAUAUAAGACUAGGCCGUAGAGUGCCACUGUAUGGACAAAAUUUCCCACAUAGCAGACUUUAUGGUGUAUACUUCAUUAACCCAGUCGUGUAGAGAAGUAGGACAUUAAACUUCAUUUCAUUUCAUUUGAAAAUAAGACAGCAUCAUAAACUUAUUAAUUAUCUUAAGGUCCAGGGCCCAGUUUCUUGAAAUCUUAACUAAAGAUAAAAUCCAAAUUUUAGUAGAUACUUCAGUUUAGAUUGACUAAGCACUAAAAUCAAUCUAAUAUUAUCCAAUCAAAUUAAUAAAAUUUGGAUUUUAUCUUAGUUAAAAUUUCGAAAACAGGCCCAAGAAUUAUAAUUUUUAAAUUUUAGUAUAUUGUAGGUCAUAGAUAAAGUACGAAAAGCA